CAAAUAUAUGUUUUUGUCCCUUGUGUGGUGUGUAUUGGUAGAAUCGUGUCACUUGUGACAGUAUGUAACAGCUAACCCCAGCUUCACAAUGAACGUCACAUCUCUUCGGUGCUUGGACAGGUAAUUAAUGGAUUUAGCAUCAUUUUUAUUGAAGGAAUGUGAUCAUACAAACAUUAGUGGUGUGAAUAUUGUACAAAGUGUUUUACUGAUACUGACUGACUGGCAUCAAAAAGCAAAUGAGGGGAAUAUCAGCACAGGAUGUUUCCUACUCUGUGGCCAGAUAAUUAAUGCAUCAGUGAUGGUCAACAGUGAGAUAUGUGGAUAAAUACACAAAUAUAGAGGAAGUAACAUGUAAAAAAAAAAAAUUCACAAAUCAGGAAAUACCCAAAUGAAGGCACCGUACUACAGUACGUAUCUUUGUAACGUCAGUUAAGCAUCUUUUACUCUUUAUUAUCGAGAUCAAUUAUCUCUUUGAAUCAUUUCACUUCAUUUCACCUCUGACUGGCUAAUGGCACAACAAUACACUCUCAAACCUUCGCUGACUUCCAUAGUAUGGACAAGAAAAACUAUGGAAGUAAAGUGAACCUGAAACAUUCUUCAGAAUGUUGCCUUUGUGUUCUGCAGAAUAAACGAAGUCAUACAAGCUUGGAGCGACACAAGAGGGCACAGAAGAUGACAUCAUUCUCUUUUUUGGUUGAACUAUCCAUUUAAACUCAUUAAAUUGCAUAUUUCAGAAUUUAGAAUUUCACAUUUUCAAUGAUUUUAUGUUUCUGUAUUUAAAUAAAAGUUCACGAUAUUUCCUCCUAUUUUAACUAAUGUUAAAACGGGUUCAACAAAUGACAGCAAAAAUGACUAAUGCAUAAAAAAACGUGGGCAUGCAUAAACAAGGAAGACAUUUUUUGAAACUUUCGUUUUAGAGUAAUAAACAAAUGAUGUGGCCUGUUGAAUGAAUGUUGAGAGCAGUUCAGAUAAUCACAUAGUUCCAACCAUCAGACUCAGGACAGAAACACACCACCUCUAAAGUAAGAAUAACUCAUAAGUUCAUUCUUUAACUAGAAUUACACUUUGCAACGUAAAUAUUAUCUGAAUAAAUGCAAGGCGAUUCGUACAUUUUUACAUCAUGUUUUACUUUCUUAUUCGUUCUUCCUUAGAAAUGGACCAAACUCUGUAUUUCAUUCUUCUUCUCAUUGCUCUCUGCUCCGUAUCUGAAUGUGUUCAGCAUCAGUAUCACUUUAUAAAUGAGAAGAAGACCUGGACUGAAGCUCAGAGAUUCUGCAGAGAGAAAUACACAGAUCUGGCCACCGCUGACAACAUGAACGACACGAACGAGCUGAAGAAGAGUGUGAAUGAUGGAAGUGUUCAGUUUGUCUUGAUUGGGCUGAAGAGGGCGAGUCGUGAAGAAUGGCACUGGUCUUCAGGUGAUCCUGUGCUCUAUCUGAACUGGGCUCCUGGACAACCAGACGGCAGCAGUUAUUGUGCUGUGAUGUUAAACGGACAAUGGCAUGAUUGGGCAUGUAGCACAACACAACCUUUCCUCUGCAACAACACAAACACAGGACUCAUCUUUAUCAAUCAGACAAUGAAUUGGAGAGAUGCUCAGAGUUACUGCAGACAGAAUCACAUUGAUCUGGUCAGUGUGAGGAACCAGAACGAGAAUCAACAGGUUCAGCAGAUCAUCAGUGAUAAUAACUCAUCUGGAUUAUAUGUGUGGAUCGGUCUGUUCAGAGACUCAUGGCAGUGGUCAGAUCAGAGUGACUCUUCAUUCAGAGACUGGAAGUCUGGUCAACCUGAUAAUAAUGGAGGUGGUGAAAACUGUACAGCUGUUGAACUGAAUGCUCAGGGACAAUGGCAUGACGUCCCUUGCAGCACACCAUUUUCUUUUGUGUGUUAUGAAGAUAAACUGAUUGUGAUCAGAGAGAAUGUGACGUGGUCUGAAGCUCUGAGAUACUGCAGACAGAAUCAUGUGGAUCUGGUCUCGGUUCAUUCAGAAGAGAUGCAGCGUCGUGUGAUGAACGUGGUUAAACGUGCGUCUACUGCGGAGGUGUGGUUGGGUUUACACAACUACUGCAUCAUGAACAUGUGGCUCUGGGUGAGUGGAGAUAUCGUGUGCUAUCAGAACUGGGCUCCAGGGAAUGGAACGAAACCGGAAAACUGCAAACUUGAGAAGAGAAAAGGAGCAGUUCAGUCUGGAGGAGAUCACCGCUGGAUCAGCCUUCCUGAGACUCACAAACUCAACUUCAUCUGCAUAAAAAAAGAGUGAAGAACACAUGAAUGUUUUUGUUUA